GUCAAGACACUGAUUGCGGAAGCAAUCAAGGCUGAGACGCAGCCGGGGGGCGCAAUCUACAAUUCCGUCGUGGAAAGGGUUACAGAGCAGCUCAGCACCGCGCCCCUCCCAGGCGGGACCGUGUACGCAGCCGUCGAAGAGUCGGCCAAACCUGGAGGCGCCGUCCACGCGGCGUUCACCAACGAGUACAACAGGGCGGCUGACGAAGAAUACCCAUGGCGGGCCGUCUUGCGGAACCUCGCGGUUGCGCAAUGGAGAGCGACGUGGGAGGCGCUCACGGUCGACCCUGACAGUGUCGAGGCAGCCGGGGAGGCCAUCGAGAAGUCUGGGAACCCCGCAGCUAGCCUGCGAGGGUUGAGCGCGGCACACCCAGAGAACAAGGAACUCGAGGCUCUAAAGACCCGCGUCGCGAUGAAGCACGCGGCUCGUACGAAAUGGAAAGAUUUGCGCCUCCCGGGGCGGGGCGGGUCCAGCGAGAAGUUCAAGUGCCACCUCGGAGAGCGAGCCGAUGCCGGCAGGGGCCAGAACAUCCGCGCCCUCAGCCGCUGCGUCUUGGUGCUUUACCGUCUCACGGAGAAGAGGUACACGUCUGUCCUUACCGGCGCCCAGGCCAACGCUGCCAAGGCCGAGGCCCAGCGGGCGACGGUCAUGGAGUGGGUCUACUACGCCAUCAAGGACUUCGGCCUCGACUUGGCGUUCGGGGAGGUUGCGCUCCUGAGCGCGGCUGCCGGCCAGAGCCGCGCGAACGACCUGAACCGACUCGGCGCCGACUCGCCGCAGUCCGCUUUGAAAGCGCGGCGCCUGGGUGACCCGCCGGGCACAACCGCGCCCGCGGGCCACAACCAGAGCGGAGCGGCGGGGUCCGACCCCCGCGCCAGCUCCGGGGCGAGGGCUAACCGCUGGUCCAACGUUCCGGCGGCGGGCCCUCCGGCGGACGCGCCCUUGGCAGCUCCGGGGACGCCGCCAGCCCCUGGUCGCAAGGAGUUGGUGCGACAGAUGAAAGCCAGCCUUGCCGCUGUCGCGCCGGGAAAGUCCGCGCAGUUUUUCCAGAAGUGGUUCGACGAUCGCUUCAAAGAGAAAGGCUUGAAACAGGCCGCCCUCCAGGUCAGCCGAGAGGUGUGCAAGAACUGCUUCUACAGCGGCAGAGGCGCUUUGGAGCGCACUUUUAAAGAGUGCCGCGACACUUUUAAGAACAAGUGCGUCCUCCCGUGCCCGCGGUGUGUAGCCGCGGGCAGGCUGACGGGGGACGUGCACCACUGGGCGCAG